GCUGUUCGAGUCUUUAAGCUAUGUUUAAAUUUAUUUUGUUUGGCUGUGAGUUUUAACACUUCAAAAAACCUUAUUAGUUAUCGAGAGAUAGCUUUUCAAUAUUAUUUACUUUAAAAUCGGAAUGUAAGUGCUAGGAACAUAUUAUUUGAUAAUUUAAACAAUUCACAAAACAAGUAAUUUUAGUGAUCAGACUCAUUUGAAGAAUGAUUUAUCAAUUGUAUUAUAUAGAAUGUUUGCUGUGUUCUUAAAACGAUAUAAAGGCAUGAUCCUCGCUAGUAUAUUAUUUUUUUAUUUAGGUUGUGGUAUUACUUUAAGUUUCAUUAGGAUAGAAUGUGCAUCUCCAACAUCAAAUGCUAGCACCAGAAAAAUUAAGGAAAACUUUGAAAACAAUUUAGAUAAAAUAGAAUAUGCUGUAUUAAUCAUCAGCAACCCCUUGAAUGAGGCGAAACGUGAUGCAAUAAGAACUACAUGGGCUAAUUUUAUUGAUAAUAUAUUUAUAGAAAAUGGUGAGCAUUUAUAUAAAUGGAAUCAUACUUGGACUGGGAACAGUAUUAAACAUGAACUUAUUAAAUGUUUUUUCGUUGUGGGAACUGAAGGCUUGGACACAGAGAGGAUGAAAAAGAUCCAAGCUGAACACACUAGAAGUAAUGAUUUACUACUUUUCAAUAAUUUUGAGGACAGUUACAAAAACUUAGCUAAAAAAUUAAUUCGCUCUUUAGAAUGGAUGAGUAAUAAUUUAAAAGAUCUAAAAUAUGUCAUUAAGUGUGAUGAUGACUCAUUUGUUAGAGUUGACUUGAUUGUAAGAGAUCUUGAGGCUUUUGCUCCAGAAAUGAGUGGACCAAUGAUCAGCCAAUAUGUCACUUAUAAGAAAUCUCUACCUACAUAUAAAGGUUUAUAUUGGGGUUAUUUUGAUGGUAGAGCGAAGGUGUUUUUAAAUGGUAAAUGGCAAGAAAAAGAAUGGUUUCUAUGUGACACAUAUCUACCGUAUGCACUUGGGGGCGGCUAUGUAAUUUCCCGUAGUAUUGUUGACUACAUAGCCAAAAAUUCACAAUUUCUAAGUCAUUAUAAUUCAGAAGAUGUUUCAAUGGGAGUUUGGACAGCGGCCCUUGAUGGUAUCAAUAGAGUGCAUGAUACCAGAUUUGACACAGAAUGGAAAUCUCGAGGCUGUGACAGCAAUAUGCUUGUCCGCCAUAAACAAACACCCAGUGAUAUGUUCCAGAUGUAUAAAACAUUAGUUCAUUCACAAGGAACUAAACUAUGCAAGACUGAAUCAGCUUUAAGAAAAUCUUAUCAUUAUAAUUGGAAUUCACUGCCAAGCAUAUGUUGUAAAGAGAAAUAUUAGUACAUUU